GCGGUGCGGAUCCUCCGAACGUCCACAGCCGCAGUGCGAGGGGAACAUGUCCGGCUCCAGGGAGAACAACUCGUGUCCGGACGGCUACCGGGCGCUGAGCCCCGCGGAGCUGCGGGAGCUGCUACACAGCGACGGCAAAAUGGACCAGAUCAUCCGCCUCAAUGAAACGUUCCAGGAUCUUCAGGUGGACAGGGAGACGCUGCUGACCUCCAACCGCAGCCUGGCGGAGGAGAGCCUCGCCCGGCGACCCCGGCUCAACAACGGCAAACUCCAGCUGGCCGAGAAAUACCGGGAACUGUCCAGCCUGGCAACCACGUGCUGGGAAAAACAGAGUCAGCUCGGAGCUCACGUCCAGAAGCAAAGCCUGCAGACGAUGCAGAACCUCCUGCAGGAGGAGGUGGCACAAGAAGAGGAGCAUUCAGAGGAGCUGCUGGAGAAGUUCAUGGAGGGGAACGUAAACCUGGACGAGUUCCUGGACUCCUUCCAGUGCUCCAGGAAGACGUAUCACGUCCGCCGGGCGCAGGCGGAGAAGAUGCAGGAGGUCGCUCAGGCCAAACGCCAGCUGGUCAAAACCAAGACGGCGGAGGAGAGCCGAGUCCCCGAGGUGAAGAGGGACUCGGAGACGCCUCCGGAGCCGCAGCGGCCCAACGGCUUUGUAGCGCAAGGACCUUUAAGACUGUUCCAGGUUCGCUACGGCCUCACGCCGGCCAUCCUCCUGCCUCAUUACCCCGUUUCCCCUCCGGCCUCAGCCCCCUGCUAUCAGGGUAGUACCGCGCCGCCCGAGCCCCAGCUGGGACAGAACCACAUCCUCAGCCCCAGCACGCCGAUCCCAGGACACGGCCAGCCGGUCAACCUCAGGGUCAUCGGACAGCUAUCGGGGGGCUGGCCGGCGAACGGGCGGCCGGUGAGAGUGCAGCAGCUUUACAGGCCGAACCCUCAACAGCCAGAGCCGCCGUUCCGGUAAAGCUGGAUGAGGGUGGAGUGGGGGCGGAGGAAGAAGAAGAGGAAGAGGAUGAAAAGAAGCCUGUUUGAGAGGAAUCAAACAAUGGCUGUCACAAUCACGUAAAGCAAAGACUGAUGCAGUGGCAGGAGGAGAGGCCGACGUCCGUCUCUGUUCUUCAUCCAUGACACGCAA